GCCAGCCUUAGACACUAGCCCCCCCCGACCCACCAUGGACCCUGCCCGGCUGUGGCUGCUCUGCCUCUCCAUCCCCCAGGUCCUCUUCAAGGCCCAGCCUGCAGAGCUGCGUGUAGAAGUCCCAGAAAACUAUGGUGGGAAUUUCCCUUUGUACCUGACCAAGCUGCCGCUGCCCCCCAGAGAGGAGGCAGAGAGCCGGGCUGUGCUGUUGGGGGACUCAGGCACGGAGGCCGAGGGCCCCUUUGCUGUGGAUCCGGAGUCUGGCUUCCUGCUGGUGACCAGGGCCCUGGACCGAGAGGAACAGGCUGAGCACCGGCUGCAGGUGACCCUGGAGACGGAGGAUAGACGUGUCCUGUGGGGCCCGCAGCCCGUGCUCGUGCAUGUGAAGGAUGAGAAUGACCAGGUGCCCCGUUUCUCCCAGGCCAUCUACAGAGCUCGGCUGAGCCAGGGCACCAGGCCUGGCAUCCCCUUCCUCUUCCUCGAGGCUUCAGACGGGGAUGAGCCAGAAACUGCCAACUCGGAUCUUCGAUACCACAUCCUGAGCCAGGCCCCAGCCCAGCCUUCCCCAGACCUGUUCCAGCUGGAGCCCCGGCUGGGAGCACUGGCCCUCAGCCCUGAGGGGAGCACCAGCCUGGACCAUGCUCUGGAGGAGCCCUACAAGCUGUUGGUACAGGUCAAGGACAUGGGCGACCAGGCCUCAGGCCACCAGGCCACGGCCACCAUAGAUGUCUCCAUAGUAGAAAGCACCUGGGUGCCCCUAGAGCCCAUUCACCUGGCAGAGAAUCUCCAAGUCCCAUACCCACACCGCAUUGUCCAGGUACACUGGAGUGGGGGGGAUGUGCACUACCACCUGGAGAGCCAGCCUCCUGGACCCUUUGAUGUGGACACAGACGGGCAACUCUAUGUGACCAGGGAGCUGGACCGGGAAGCCCAGGCUGAGUACCUGCUCCAGGUGUGGGCUCAGAAUACUCAUGGCCAGGACUACACGGAACCUCUGGAGCUGCAUGUGGUGGUGAUGGAUGAGAAUGACAACGGGCCUGUUUGUCCACCACGCGGGCCCCCAGUCAGCAUCCCCGAGCUCAGCCCCCCAGGUACCGAGGUGACCAGGCUGUCAGCGGAGGAUGCGGAUGCCCCUGGCUCCCCCAAUGCCCAUGUUGUGUAUCGGCUGCCGAGUCCCGAGCCCGAGGAGGGGGCAGAGGAGAGAACCUUCGAGCUAGACUCCACCUCCGGCAGUGUGACACUGGGGGCUGCCCCUCUCCAAGCUGGUCAGAGCAUCCUGCUCCAGGUGCUGGCUGUUGACCUGGCAGGAGCAGAGGGCGGCCUCAGCAGCACUUGUGAGAUCCUGGUCAGGAUCAUGGACAUCAACAACCACGCCCCUGAGUUCUCCACUUCCCAGAUAGGGCCCAUCAGCCUCCCUGAGGAUGCAGAGCCUGGGACUCUGGUGGCCACACUCAGGGCCACUGAUGCUGAUCUCGAGCCUGCUUUCCGCCUCAUGGACUUUCUCAUUAAGGAGGGGAAUGUGGAGGGCACCUUUGGCCUGGAUUGGGAGCCAGACUCGGGCCAUGCCCAACUCCGACUCCACAAGAACCUCAGCUAUGAAGCAGCUCCAAGUCACAAGGUGGUGGUGGUGGUGCGGAGCGUGGUGGAGCUGGUGGGGCCAGGCCCUGGCCCUGGAGCCACAGCCACCGUGACCGUGCUGGUGGAGAGGGUGCAUCUACCCCCUGCGCUGGACCAGGAGAGCUACGAGGCCAGCGUCCCAGUCAGCACCCCAGCUGGCUCCUUCCUGCUGACCAUCCAACCAUCAGACCCUGGGGGCAGCCCCCUCAGGUUCUCCCUGGUUAACGACUCGGAGGGCUGGCUCUGCAUCGGGGAGGUCUCCGGGGAGGUGCACACAGCCCGGCCCCUGCAAGGCGCCCUGCCCGGGGGCACGUACACAGUGCUCGUGGAGGCCCAGGCUGCAGAUGAGCCGGGCCUGAACACCUCUGCAACUCUUGUGCUCCGUUUCCUGAGGGCCCCACCUGCCCCUGUCCUGACUCCGACCCCUGUGCCUUCCCGACACCUCUGCACACCCCGCCAGGGCCACGGCGUGGUCAUCAGGGGGCCUAGCGAGGACUCCGACCUGGCCAGUGGGCAUGGCCCCUACAGCUUUGUCCUUGGCCCCAACCCCACGGUGCAGCGGGAUUGGCGCCUCCAGGCUCUCAAUAGUUCCCACGCCUACCUCACCCUGGCCCUGCACUGGGUGGAGCCGCGGGAACACGUGGUCCCAGUCGUCGUCAGCCACAAUGCCCAGAUGUGGCAGCAGCUGGUCCAAGUGCACGUGUGUCGGUGCAACGUGGAGGGCCAGUGCCUGCGCAAGGUGGGCCGCAUGAAGGGCAUGCCCACGCGGCUGUCAGCGGUGGGCAUCCUCGUGGGCACCCUGGCGGCCAUAGGCGUCUUCCUCAUCCUCAUCUUCACCCACUUGACCCUGGCGAGGAAGAAGGACCCAGAGCAACCAGUGGACAGCGUGCCCCUGAGGGCAACGGUCUGAAUGCUCCAGGCAGCUGGAGCUGGGGGCUUGGCCUCAGGCUCCAACCGAAUCCACUGGGAGGGGGCCCGGCACCCCAGAUCCAGCCAGAGUGGAAGCCCCUCUGCCUGCCCAGGGUCAGAGGCAACAUCACCAGAAAUGUCUGCAGAGCCCGGACGCUGCUUCAUGAGCUGCCCCAGGGAGUGCUCCAAAUGGUGGCAGGUUUGCCUGAUAAUAAAGCCCCAGACCUGGGUACUGGCCCCAAGGGACCACUA